UACGCAGCGUAAUCUUGUGAGUAGACAUUCCAACGGAUAAUUUAGCAAAAUUCUCUGGAUUUUGGAAUAUAUUUACUCAAUAUGGAUACGUAAAGUGUAAUAUGGCUUGCCGCUAUAGGGAAGAGUUGGUUGGAAAACGUUUUAUCUCCGUUCGGAGCCCUCAAAAGCUUAAAAUCCAAAAAAUAUCUGAGUGGGAAUGGCGGUCCGGAGUUGUACGGGCCGUAUCCAGCAAAGAUUCGAGCAGUCUCGAUUUAUCAGUUUUGAUCGAGUUUGAUGAUAUAGACUGGACACGUCGUGAAUGGGUACGUGUCCAUGAUAUCUUCCAGUUGUUCCUUGUGGAACAUACUUUGGUCUGGGCGGAGAGGCCAGACCCUGAUAAGCCUCGUCAGUCACUGUCUUGGCCAGGACUGAGUUUUCGAGCUGUGGUGGACAAGGCUGGUUUGGCAGGAUGUAAGAGAAAGCCAGUGGAAUUCCUUGUUGACAGAUUUCUAGGACUUGUUGAAGAGAAAGAGAUACAGAUCUUUCAGGAAGGUGACGAGAACACUCACCCAACUGCGUUUGUGAGACGUGAAGUACAACAUAGUCUGAAGGAAUGGUUGGACUACCAAGAUGGUCAGAAGAUCUUGCUCACAACUCCAACCGUACUUGUAGGGUACAGACUAGAGGUUUAUCGUGCAGAGGGUACAACGCAAUGGUACACAGCAGUCAUACAAUCAUAUAAUCACACUUCAAAGACAUUAUCAGUUACAGAUGACACUGUAUUGGAAGAACACAAUGAGGACCCCACACUGAUACAGAUGCACCUCAUAGAUGAUGGAGUUGUUGAUUCAAUUCUCCGUGGUGUGGAGAUUGGUGGAAUAGCUCCGAGACGACGCCCCCGUGCGGUCAAACAGGAGAAGGAACAACAAAAUUCCUCAACUACAAGGACAAGUAGCUCAUCUGUAACACACACAACUACGUCAUCACGGUGUUUAUUGCCGCCAAAAAAAUCUCGAACUUCACUUCAGUCACCUGCACCGACUUCUACACCUGCCAUUACAUCUUCGAUAACUGCCAUUGCAUCACCAUCAUUAGACGUCUCGGCAAGAACGGAAAUAAAAGGAUUGGAUAAAACAAGUGUGAAACAGAAAACGUCAAAUUCAAAAGACAGGAAGAGGAGAGUAGAAGCACAAGUUGUGUCUGAAAACUUGACUUCCAAGAGGAAAACAAAACCACAGACUCAUAAUAAAACUGAUCUUGUCAAUACUCAGGUUUCUGACUCGGAUAGUAAUCAUCCAGUUAGAGUUUCUCCGCGGAACACUCCGGCGAAGGAACGGAUACGGCCUCAGAGAAAUCGCGAACGUGACAAGGAAAGUGAAGAGUUAGGGGAGAAAAGUGUUGAAAACAAUAAAAAAGAUUCUGCAAAGGAAACUAGUGAAGUGAAGUCAGACACUGAAAGUUUACAAAGUAAGCCCAAAACACCAGCCAGAUCUCGACAGAAAAAGGAUGAUAAGGUAGAAUUACCUUCUUUACGGAGAACUGAUUCGCCUAGAAAUCGUACUGAGUCUCCCAGGGGUACAAGCAACUCUCCUCGGAGACGGUCGUUAAGUAGGACACCAGUGGAAACAGAAGCCGAGUCUGUGAUCAAGCCAAAUUCAGGGAGCUGUAAAAAAGACAAAAAAGCAGAAAAGAGUGAUAGAAAGGUUAAUAGCAGUGCCAAAACAGAUAAAAGUGAUUUGAAAAGUGAUUUAAAUACACCUCAGCCAGUAACUGAAAACCCAAGCUCAACUAAAGCAAAACAAAAGGAUAAUGUAAAUAGUGAGAAAGAUAGCAAGAAUUUAGUUGAGGAAAAAGUCAAAGAAAUUAAAAGUGCUUUGAAAAAGAAGGAAAAAGAAUCAGGGAAUGCUAUAUCAGGGGAAUUAAAGGAGAGAAAAUCCCCACGGAAAGCAUGUCAAGAAAAAGAAGUUAAACGUAAGGAGAAAAAGAAAGACAAUGAAAAUUCUCAGGUAAAAACCACAGACUCCAAAAAGAGUGUAGAUGCGGAAAAAGGAAACUGCAUCGAAAAGGAAAAGACUUCUUUAAAUGAAUCAGGGGAUAAUAUGCACUAUAUAAAAAAGAAACAAUCAUUACUAGCAGGGGGUGCUUCAUCAGGAACACCUCAGAAUAGUGGAAUUCCAACAAGCAUUGACUUUAAUCAGUCUGUUACAGACCAGAUUGCACGUGCAGGAAAACUGUCUUCCUUUAACGGUGACGAAAAGGCUGGAAGUGUGCCAAGUACAUUGUCCUCACCAACUUCUGAUCGUGAAUGUGAAAAUCAGUCAUUACCCAGGGAUAAUAAGCAUAGUGUAGGCUCACUUAAUAGCAGUUUACAAAAUACAAACACUAAUUCCAGUUGGUCUCAGGACGAACGUUGUCUGUCGCGGAAUAGUGACAGUCGUUGCAGUUCUGGACUUAGUGGAGAUGAAGCACAUCGUCCUUCUUCUCGAGUUGAUGAUUUAAAAAGUUCGAAAAGUAGUACUGCUUCAAGUCCAUUAAUUGUUGACAAAAGUGAACCAGUUCAAAUAUACAGGGACCCAGAAUUAAUGAGCAAAAAUCCAGUGCGGAGUAAUGUACCAAGUAUGCAUAAUCCUCACAAAUCAUAUCCACAGGUUCACAAUCCUAUUCCCACACAAGCUUCUCGACCUGCUAGUGUAGGCAUGACCUCAUCUGUACCAUUAUCAAGUGCAAUGGAACGUACAUCUCGAACUCCAGUGAUACCCUCUGUAGCAUAUCCAUCGCCACUACAGAUGGGUCCCUCAAUACCAGGGGCAUCGCUGUCUAGCUUGCUACCUCCGGGUUUGCAUCAGUUAGACCCAGCUACUCUGGCGAUACAUCAGCAGAUUGCAGCUGUACAACAGCAACAACUUGCUGCAUUAGCUGCUUCUGAGCAAUAUCGGAAUGCAUUAUCAAUGUCGUAUCCUCCGCCACGAGGUAGUAUGAACAAAUCACAGCUAGAACAUUUGUGGCAACAGAAAUAUCCGUCUGUGCCAGUACCACCACCAUGGCUACUAGCUAAACACCAGGAUGAUCUCGUGCGUGAGGCUCGAAUUCUGCACGAGCAGCAAGAACAGCAUCUCGUAGAACGUGAACGCCUUGAACGGAUAGAGAGAGAAAGAGAAAGGGACUUAAGGGAACAACGUGAAAGAAAAGAGAGGGAAAGACGAGAGCGUGAAAGAAUGGAAAAAGAAAGACUUGACAGGGAACGUCGUGAACGAGAGAAGGUUGAACAAGAAAGAAUAGAACGUGAACGCUUAGAGCGGGAAAAACAGGAGAAGGACAGACAGGAACGGGAACACAGAGAACGACUGGAGAGGGAACGACGAAUCCUAAAAGAGUCGGUUGACUCUCACGCUGCUGUGGACCAGCAUUUCUCCGAGUCACUCAGAUUGGCGAGUCAAAGGAACUGGAAGAAGCCCCAAAAUCACAACACAACUAUGGACGGUUACCAAUAUCCUAACGCAAACUAUCGUUCAAAAUACAUGGCUGCGCAGACAGGGAUGUGGCCUCAGCCUUCCAUCACACUGGGUACUGGCAAACCCAAACCCGAUCCCCAGCACCCUUCAUCCAAGAUGGGGGAACUUAAACCUGAAGAGAAAAUAAAACAGGAACAGUUACGAGAGACGGAUUUCCAUUACGCAGAGAUGAUGCGUAAACACCAAGAACUUAUGUCCCAGCAGGAAGAAUACAUACGCUACCAGAAAAUGCUUUCUGCCGGAGAUCAUAAGUCGGACAUCAAGCAGGAAAUGCGGAAAGAAAUGGGAUCAGCCCCAUAUGAAAGGCAUUCAAUUAAGCGUGAACCAGGCUCUUCGACUAAUGUGAAGCAGGAAGUUCAGGCUAAUUUUAGUCUUUAUGGGUACAAACCAGAGAAGUAUUCCUUCAUCACCACCGAUCAGUUACAGUCGUAUGAAUUAGAGAAGAUAAAGGGUGAAAAAGGUGUAUUAGACUCUAAAUUAAAUCGUUCUCAGUCACCUCGUAAAAAAGACUUGUCAGUUCCCCCGCCUUUGAUAAAAGACUCAAAACCGUACAGUUCUGUGAUAGUGGAAAACAAAACAAAAGACGGGAGUUUGAAAUCUGCAAGUCCACAGUACACAAGUCAUAUGUCCCCACAUCACCAGCCUAAACCUGCACAUACACCAGAAAGGCCUCAUUCCAGUUCCUCAAGUCCGGGCUCACAUGGAAUGAACCCGAUGACGGCACAUUCACAACAGCUUGCGGCUCUCCGUGCAGAUGCUGUAAGGCAAGGUACAUCCAGAUCUCAGAGCCCAUUGAGAAUAGCCAGCCCUCAGCAACUUUCAGCGGCAGUAAUGGAGCCCAUGGAUUAUAGGUGUAGCCCUAACGUGAGCAAAACGAGAGGAAGUCCAGGCUCAAACCCAGUCUCUCAUCCAUCUAGCGUUAAUUCAUCCGGAUCAUACUCGCCUGCAAUAGCUCAACCACCAGUGUCAUUACCUCACUCAUCAGUUCCAUAUACAUACAGUUUAAUUCAACAAGGACUAGUUCCAAACCCCAUAUAUUCUAACAAUUCCAACGGAAAGGGUGGCGAUUCUCAAAGAACUGUUUCGGUAACUGGCACAGCCCAGGUUCCGAGAGCUGCCCAAUCUCCUCACUCUUCUUACAGAGAACAAAUGCAGCAACAUAGUGCAAUGGGAUCAAAACGUAAAGGCCAGAAAGAAGGUAAUAGUCGUAAAAGACAAAAAGGCAGCGAAGUACAGAGCCACAGCCCUACAGCUUCCAGCAAUAACAAUCCAUUAAAUCUGUCCGUUCCUUGUACCACUCCACAGAUCGUGUCAAACCAGUCACCUUACACAACAAGCAGCGGUAGUGUUCUAUCAUCUGCUAUGUCCACAACACAGGCAGGAACUGCCACGACCACGUCAUCGCAGGCUGUGAUCAAAAAUAGAUUACACGGUCUGACAGGUUUUAUGGACAGUUUUAAAUCCUUUGUUGAAAACACUGUGCAGAAUGCUUUUAUGUCUGAUCCGGAACUCGGUAAGCCGAAAGAAGGUCAGAUUAAAAAGCCACCAAGUGCGGACAACUUACGAGAUCUCCAUCAACAACAUUUACAACAACAACUAACUCACAAACCUCAACCAUAUAAACCAAAAAGUAGUCUUGAAAGGUCAAGUACACCCGUCACAUCACAACAGAGUGCACAAAAUGAGGAAUCUAAUUUAUCAAAUAGUGGAAAUAGUAACUCUGCAAUGUCAUAUGUUGAAAGCAUUAAUCGUGUUGCCAAUGGACAAAUUGACACAGACAGUGAUACCCUAAGUGCUCCUAGUCCCCCACCUCAUUUAAAACAAGAAAAUACACCUUCACCUCAUAAAGCCGCGAAACACCCAAAUUUAAAAAAGGCGUGGUUACAAAGACAUUCCGACGAAGACAAACAAGAAUCGCAGCCACAAGAUCCCGUCACGGGACCAGCUGUUGUGGCGGAUGGUGGUAAUGUGAACCAAAAUAAUCCAUCAGGUGAUCUUGAAAAAGAUAAAGAAGUGAAAAACUGUUAUGUGAAUUGUUCAUACAUAUCUCCAGGUAAAGAUGGUAGCAAGUCGCCUAUAAGUGCUAUUCUCCCAAAUGGAAAUCUGGACAAAUCAGAGACAAAUGAUAGUUCAACAACAUCAGCAUCAGAGACUGAAACACAGGCUACAGACAGUGGUGUAAGUAAUCCUAGAAAACGAGUAAAAAACAAGAAAGAAAGAACUGUCAAUCCAAAGAAAGCUAAGAUUGACUCUGAUGAAAGUUCCUCGGCAAGCACAACGGGUCAGGGCAAAAAGAAAACCAGUCGUAGAAGUAAAGAAUCAAAAACAAAGAACAAUGCCGACAACAUGUCUGAGGAACAGAUCAAGAAAAUUGUUGAAAACUGCCGAGAAUCUGUCAAAGAGAAAGAUCCUAAACAGACAGAGGAAGCUUAUGAUAAAACUUUGGACUCUGAAGAUGCCACAGAACAAAAAACUGAGCAGACAGACAUUGAAACUGAAGAACCCCAAGAUGCUGAAAGUAGCAGAAAGUCUGAUAGAAAGGAAAAGAAGAAAAAUAAGGAAAAGAAAGAUAAAAAGAACAAAAAGGAGAAAGAGAAACAGUUGAAGGAACCAAAAGAGAAAGAGCAAGAAAAGUCUGAAGAGGAAGAAGUAGAGACAGAACCAGUCUAUGUUCCUCCUCCUUCCAUGUUCAAAGAUGCAGAAACCAAAGUUCAACAAAGUACUGUGAUCAAGGAGUUGGUACGAGUUCCAGAUUCAGUUCUCCGCAAGACGUGUGAACCCUUCCUCCAGGACGGAUCUUGUAGCGAAGUCACGCCAAAACUGAUGAAGUGUCGGGAAUGUAAAAUGACUCCUACCCAGCGAGGCAAAACAGUUCCAAAUAUAUUCUGCCGAUUCUACGCAUUUAGAAGAUUAAAGUACAGCCAACGUGGGUUUGUUACUAUUGAUGGAUUCUCCGAGUUAUCGGACGCUGAUCAAGAUGACAUUGACCCGUGGAUCCCAAAGUCACCAAUCAUAGAACCCAAGAUUGAUGUAGAAUCUGCUCGAUUUAUUAUCCGGCGUCUUGGUGACAAAUUCUGUGAACUUAUACAGCAAGAAAAGGAGGCACAUAUCUGCGCUGGGGAAAAUGCCAAAAUAGCAUGGAAAAGAGCUGUGACUGGUGUACGAGAGAUGUGUGACGUUUGUGAUACCACUUUGUUCAACAUGCACUGGGUGUGUCACAAGUGUGGUUUUGUGGUCUGCCUUGACUGUUACAAGGUCAAGGCCAAGGAGGUUGAGGGAGAUGAGGAUUCUGAUAAUGGAGGGAACAAGAUGGAGGACGAGGAUCAACGGCAGUGGCUCACAUGCAGUGCUAAUAGACAAGCCCAUGAUGUCGACAAAUUGAUGUUGACCCAGAUAAUUCCUGCAGACGCUCUUUGGGAGGUUGGUCGCAUGGUGCACGAGGUGCGUGACAGGUUCCAGAUCUUACGAGCAUGUCCUUGUAGUCCCAAAAUAAACACAAAGAAAAAUGGAAUUAGAACAGACUUAAUGAAUGAGGCCAUAAAACACUUAUCGCCAAAGAAAAAAUUGGUGAAUGGUGUUGGUGGUGAAGAGAAAUCUAAAACAAAAAACGGAAACAUUAAAAACGCAGUGUACAAUCCGGAUAGUACAUCGCCACUUAGUCUGCUGGCUGAUGUGGCAUCAAUGGACUCGGAGAAGACGAGAGACAGAAGUGAAUCUCCAUUACUUUCCAAGAAGAAAGAUGGAAAGAAUGGAAAAUCAUAUAAUCCUAUCACAGAGCCUGUAUCGCCAGGAAGCAGCGAGAAAAAGAUGCCACCGAGUUGUUCAACGUUAAGGGAAUUGCUUACAAAAACUGCUGGAAGUAAAGUGAAAAAUAACAGUGAAUCAAAAAAGAAAUCUAAGAACACAAGCUCUCUUAAUGACAUCAUUCAAAAAGUUGUAGAAAAACAUAUUCCUAAAGAGAUGGAGAAAAAUGGACCUCUGAACACUGUUACGGCUGACGAGCCAGAAAUUAAACUUUUGCAUUAUAAGCCACGUUUUGGGGCAAGUCACAUUUUAGUGCGGGAGACGCCUAUUAUAGCCCAUAAUCUAACAGAAACAAGUGUUCUGUACCCGGACGUUCCACAUUCGUGGCUAUGUGAUGGACGUUUAUUGCGACUUCACGAUCCACGUCACAAGGGGAAUCUUAGAAUUUUCAUGGAACAGUGGAAGCGAGGCCAGCCGGUACUGGUCUCUGGUGUAGACAAAUAUGUGAAUGGGGAUCUGUGGAAGCCAGCUUACUUCUCAAAACACUUUGGAGAGUUUGAAAAUGAUCUGAUCAACUGUAGAACUAGUUGUCUCGUCGUUAAUCAACCAAUGAAACAUUUCUGGGAUGGUUUUAGUUGCUUGGAAGAGCGUUUGGUGGAUGAGGAAGGUACACCAAUGUUGCUGAAGUUAAAGGAUUGGCCUCCAGGUGACGAUUUCAGUGACAUUCUGCCACAACAGUUUAACGACCUCAUGCACGCCCUUCCACUGCCAGAGUAUACCAAACGUGAUGGUCGCCUUAACCUUGUCUCUCGUCUGCCAGAUUUUCUAGUCAAACCAGAUCUUGGACCAAAGAUGUAUAUAGCAUAUGGUUCAGCUCAGUAUCCAAAGGAAGGCACAACCAACCUUCAUCUUGAUGUGUCGGAUGCCACCAAUGUUAUGGUUUAUGUAGGAUACCUAGAGGAUGAGGAAAGGGGGCGUAUCCCUAAGGACCAGGAAACAAACAAAGCCAUUGAAAUGGCCCGUUGUGACCCGAUCACGAAGCGCCGUAUACGAGAAGUAAGGGAGACACCAGGAGCACUCUGGCAUAUAUUUGAUGCCGUUGAUGCUGACAAGAUACGUGACUUCUUAAACAAGGUUGGCAAGGAACGGGGUGAGAAGAUAGAGCAGCACCACGAUCCAAUUCACGAUCAGAGCUGGUACUUGGACGAGGAAUUACGAGAUCGGCUAGCUAAGGAGUACAAUGUUCUCGGCUACACGAUACUUCAGUGCCUGGGAGAUGCCAUAUUUGUUCCUGCUGGGGCACCUCAUCAAGUGCGAAACCUGAAUAACUGUAUUAAAGUGGCAGAGGAUUUUGUUUCUCCGGAAAACGUGCACCACUGUUUUCAGCUUACACAAGAGUUCCGACAUUUGUCGGCUGGACACUCGAACCAUGAGGAUAAGUUACAAAUCAAGAACAUUGUAUAUCAUGCUAUUAAAGACGCAACAGCAGUGCUAAAUGAUGCCAGUCCUGAAGAUCUUGAGGACUAGAUACUUAGAUAUAUAAAAAAAGUCUGUCAGAAAGUUUAUGUGACAGAAGUGUGAAUCUUUUUUUGUGCUGAUAUUUACGCAUAGAUAGUGCUGAAUGUUUUUAAUAAGAAGCGCAGUAAUUUAACUGCAGAAAGACAAAUCACAAGGAAUUAAAGGGAGGUUACUAUAACAUUCCUUGUGAAAUGAAAUAGACGAAUGUUUAAUUUUUGUUCGAGAGUAUAAAGACCAGCAUGUUUGCACUCGAACUGAUGUGAUUAACCACUAAAAAAAAACGUGAUUGGACGUUUAGUAUUUUAUGUGUUAAGGUGGAUUGAUUUGAAAUGGAGAGACUGGAAUUACAAAGUUGUUGUAAACUUUUCUAUUGAUCUCAAUUACAUUUUAAUAUUAGCAUUGUUCUAGUUGUUAUUGUUGUUAUCAUACAUGUAGAUAUAUAGUCACAUGAUUGGUCAUAUGACUUGAUCAUGUGACUUGUAAACUGGGAACACAAAAAAAUAACAAGAGCUUGAUCUGCCCAAUAGCUUACGAUUUGUGCAGCAUUCAAAGCUUUUCUUCAUCUUUUAACUCUAUUUGAUUAGAAAUGCUUUCUAGUUGUAAAGGGCUUUGGUCAAAAUGGUUAAAAUUCUCGUAUGUAAUUAAUUUUUACCUGUACUUGACUGUUUGAGCCAGUGUUUUACUAACAUGUUUUUGUCAAGAGUUAAUUUUUUGUCAUUAAUAUUGCAGGUUUUUACCAUGCCCUGGAUUUCUCCAGGCUGGUAGACCAUUUAUUGUUUUGUUUUGGUUUAAACAGGGACUGAUUUAAAAAAAAAAUAAUAGGGCUUGCCAUUUAUCAUUUGAACCAUAUUUCAUUUUGGGAGCACUAGCCAUAUUGACUCAUUAUAUCAAUUGCGAUCUAUCACCUUUCAAAAACAUUUUCGAUUUACUGUCUCAAAUAUUUUUGCCCGUUAAAUUUCACGUUCUUGUAACAUUAGAAAAUGUGUUCAAAUAUUUUUUAAGAGACUGUUUAUUGUUACGCAGUCAUCUUUAAUAAUCCGCAGCAGUAGUGUUUCAUAUAGACAUGUAAAACAUGGUAUGUUUUGAAAAAUUUGUCUAUUAAUUAUAGUAACAAUUGUGUCGUUCUGAUUUAUAUUUAAUUUAUGUUACCAUUAUUGUUGCCUAUUUUUUUUUCUCUUUUUUUUUUUUAAUGUUUUUCGCUUACAUCGUAGACUCGUUAAAAUUUAUUAUAUUCAGAGUAUUGAGAGUAAAUUAUUGUGUGGGAAAAUUGCCAUUACAAAAUUAGAGCAUUGUUAAAUUGCGUUUGAACAUGCUAAAUUAAAUAACCAUUGAUUUAACAAUGGUGAAAUUAUUGUACACGUUUCUUGAGAAUACUUAUCAGAUUGUAGCGCUAUUAGAAAGAUGUAUAUUCUUGUUUAUCAUUGUUAACCCUUAUUUUCAGAUUGUUUAUCAUUAUGUAGUGUUGUUUAUGGCAUCUUGUGUCAAACCAUAAUAUGUUACACAUUUACAUUUGAUCUUUGUUACAUGUAAAUAUGCUAUAGAGCUAUUUUUAUAUAAAACAAAUCUAGCAUAUAUCUAUAUAUAUGGCUAUUACUGUCUUGAGCCCAGACUAUUGGGCUUUUAGAAGUCUAGGUUCUCUUAAUUGUUCCUAAUAAAAACAGAUUUCUCAAUAUAAA